AGGCUGGCGAUGCCAGACGCCUGACUGGGGGCGGACCGACCGGCCAGCUGCCUGUCUCGAGUCAGCCCAGAGCUCGGGUCCCUGCCACAUCUCUCCGUGGGCAGCUGCCUCCCGCUUGUCCGGCCAUGCGGUGGCUGUGGCCGCUGGCUGUCUCCCUGGCUGUGGCGUCGGCUGUGGGGCCGGGCAGAGUCUCUAGGGGGGCCACCCUGCCCUGGGACAAGCCCGGGGCAGAGGCCUGGGAGCAGCAGAGCCGGCCCAGGAGAGGCACCGAGGAUGAGGAGGCCAAGAAGGCGCAGCAGUAUGUGCCCGAGGAGUGGGGGGAGUACCCGCGGCCCAUCGCCCCUGCCGGCCCCCAGCCCUCCCAGCCCUGGGUGGCCCCCAGCCCCCGCCCGGACAGGGACGGGGGCGCUCUGGGCGGUGGGCUGGAGCCGCGGGGAAGCCCGGUGGGGAUGCCGGGCCGUCGACUGCGGAUCCAGAACCCCCUGUACCCGGUGACCGAGGGGUCCUAUGGUGCCUACGCGGUCCUGCUGCUCGCCCUGGUGCUGUUCGCCGUGGGCGUUGUGGGCAGCCUGUCCGUCAUGUGUGUCGUCUGGCACAGCUACUACCUGAAGAGCGCCUGGAACUCCAUCCUUGCCAGCCUGGCUCUCUGGGACUUCCUGGUCCUCUUCUUCUGCCUCCCGGUCGUCAUCUUCAACGAGAUCACCAAGCAGAGGCUUCUGGGCGACGUCUCCUGCCGCGCCGUGCCCUUCCUGGAGGUCUCCUCCUUGGGCGUCACCACCUUCAGCCUCUGUGCCCUGGGCAUCGACCGCUUCCACGUGGCCACCAGCACCCUGCCCAGGGCGAGGCUCGUCGAACCGUGCCCGUCCAUCCUGGCCAAGCUGGCGGUCAUCUGGGUGGGCUCCAUGACGCUGGCCGUGCCCGAGCUCCUGCUGUGGCACCUGGUGCAGGAGCCAGGCCCCACCGGGGGCACGGUGGACUCGUGCGUCAUGAAGCCCUCGGCCCGCCUGCCUGAGUCCCUGUACUCGCUGGUCAUGACCUACCAGAACGCUCGCACCUGGUGGUCCUUUGGCUGCUACUUCUGCCUGCCCGUCCUCUUCACGGUCACCUGCCAGCUGGUGACGUGGCGGGUGCGGGGCCCCCCGGGCAGGAGGCCUGAGUGCCGGGCGGGCCGGCAGGAGCAGGGUGAGGGCCAGCUCAGCAGCACCGUCAUGGGCCUGACGGCCGUCUACGCUCUCUGCACCCUCCCCGAGAACGUGUGCAACGUCGUGGCGGCCUACCUGUCGGCAGCGCUGACCCGCCGGACCCUGGACCUCCUGGGCCUCGUCACCCAGUUCUCUGCCUUCUUCAGGGCCGCUGUCACGCCCGUGCUCCUCCUGUGCGUGUGCCGGCCGCUGGGCCGCGCCUUCCUGGACUGCUGCUGCUGCUGCUGCCAGGGCUGUGGGGGGGCUGCAGCUGCCGCCGGCCCGGAGAGCAAGCUCAAGACGGAGGAGCUGUCCGCCCCCGUCUACUUCCACAAGCCCAGGGAGUCGCCGCCGCUCCUGGCCCUGGGCACGCCCUGCUGAGGCCUGGAUGGCCUGGGGUCGGGAAGGAGCUCCGUCCCCACUUGUCCUGCUUUUCUGUCUGUUCCUCUGUACAGAGAUGGAUUUGGUGCCUCUUGCUGGGGUCCAGGUGUGUGGGAGCCCCCUCCCUGAACCCCCUUCCCGGACACUCUGGGGCCUGCCCGCCCGUCCUCUCACUGGUGGGCGGUGGUGCCUCCGGUCUUUAGAGCUGCCCAGAAACUCUGCACCCCCCAGCCGGAGGCCAGAGCCUGGCCUGGUCGAGCCCCUGUCCCUCUCUCCAUCUGGAGCCCGGCUUGUGCCCCAUCAUCACCCAUCCUGGACGAGGCUCUUGCAGGCCAGCGACUGGGCUGUCCUCUGGACUGGACCCAUCCCAGCCCUGGACAUCUCCUCAGGCGCCAUCCCUUCUCUGGGAGGAUUUCCUUCUCCAUCCUUCUUUGAUGUAUCCCAGUGGCCCUGUCCCCAGCCCCUGUGGGGUGCUCCCCCACAGAAGGCCCUUCUUGGAAAACAAUAAACUAGGUAGAACCGCCCCUGUGCCCCCGGGACUUUCUUGUGCCACAUUCUGGCAGUGCCCGAUGCACCUGGGCCUUCCCCUCCAGGCCACCUCUGGCCCUUCCUGGCCUGUGGCCUGUGUCUGGUCCAGCCCGAGGCCUGUGGCUUUCAAGAGGCAGAGUGGAUGGAGGCCUGGGAGCUGGGGCACCACGUCCUCAUGCUGGCCUCAGCCCAGCUGUCCCCAGGGAGCCAAAGGCUGCAAACUUGUCUCCACUGGAGCCCCCGCCGCUGCUCCUCCUUCCCCACAAAGCCCCCAUUUGAGGGAAGCCAGCAGCCUUCCCUCCAUGAGGCCGGGGCUUCCAGCCUCACUGACUCUGAGAGCCAUUCUUGUUCAGCUUCUUAGAACAGACUGUUUGGCCUGCGGAUGGCCCAGCUGCCUGCCCCUUGCCUGCCCCCACCCCACCCGCUUCCUGGCAGCCAGCGCUCCAUCGACGCCCCCACAGAGACUUGUUCCUCUUGCUGAUCCUCCAGCCCUUUCCAGAGGCCCCUUCGCCAUCUGGGGCCAGAGAAGUUGGCACAGGGUCAGUUAGACGGAUGACUCGGCCUAGGCCACUGACCACUCCCCGCCCCGCAAGCCCACCCUUCCUGUCUUAAGUGCAGCCCUGGGUCCCACGGUGAUUUCCACUGCCAGCCCCGCCGAGAACACCUGUGUGGGGUCGCAGGAGGGUCCCCAGGGCCAGGGACACUGAGGCGCAGGCGUCGCCGGUGCCCUGGAUCCAUUCUCCUCUGUCCACCCCACCCACGCCCAGCCUGCCCCGCCCCAAGCCUCCUUCCCCCUCUCCUGGAGAUCUUAACGGCCUUGUUCUCUCUCCCUGGCAUCCACCCCCAGGACGGGCGACGCCAAGAGGGAGGCGGUUGCUAGGUGAUGGCGCUGCGAGCACGCACUCUUUGUGCUGGGAAUGACACCCCCCGUUUCUCGGCAGACCUACUGCCACAGGGACUGAAGCCCCCCACCCGCCUGCUUCGUCUGCAGAAACGAGGCAGGUGGGGGGAGCAAGUUGGAGAGGGGUCCAAAGAGGGGCUUGUGGGCUUGCUU